ACUUUCCGGUGGAACACACGGGACGCUCACAUGCAGGGUUUAAAGGCAUUGCUCGAAGUUAUUAUGUUUCGUUGCAUUUCAUGCAAUGUUCAAUGGUCUGUGAGGAUUGAGAGCAUUGAAUUGUUUUGUAGAGUUUGAAAGCUUCGGCGUCUAUGUUUUGCAUCGUUUUAGGCCAUUAAACGUUUAUAUGACAUAUAUGACGCGUGAGGGUCGAAUGAGAGAAACUUGGGGGCGGUGAGAUUUUGGAGUUUUCCGUUGGUUUUCCUGCUGGCUCUGGUGAUUGACGGGCAGUUACAUUCGUCUAGUUUUCGAUCCAAAGUAGCGGCACAAUGACUGCCGGUAACGCAAGCCAAGCUCCGCAACAGUUCAAACUCGUGCCGAAGAUCGUGAACGGCGGCAUUGCGGGCAUCAUCGGCGUGACGUGCGUGUUCCCGCUGGACCUGGUCAAGACGCGACUGCAGAACCAGCAGAUCGGGCCCAAUGGCGAGCGCAUGUACAACUCGAUGCUGGACUGCUUCCGCAAGACGUACCGCGCCGAGGGCUACUUUGGCAUGUACCGCGGCUCGGCCGUCAACAUCGUGCUCAUUACCCCCGAAAAGGCCAUCAAGCUGGCGGCCAACGACUUCUUCCGCUACCAGUACCAGAAUAAGCAGGGGAAGCUGACGUUGUUCCGCGAGAUGGCGGCCGGAGGCAGCGCCGGCUUCUGCCAGAUCAUCGUGACCACGCCGAUGGAGCUGCUGAAGAUUCAGCUGCAGGACGCCGGCCGGGUGGCCGCCAUGGCCAAGGCAGCCGGCUCUGGUGCCGAGGUGCCCCGCGUCUCGGCCCGUCAAAUCACCAUGGACCUGCUGCGGACACGCGGCAUCACGGGCCUGUACCGCGGCACGGCCGCCACUAUGCUCCGGGACGUGAGCUUCAGCUGCGUCUACUUCCCGCUGUUUGCGCACCUGAAUGCGCUCGGGCCGAGAAAGGGCGAUGGAUCGGGCGAGGCGGUGUUCUGGUGCUCGUUCCUGGCCGGCUGUGCCGCCGGUUCGCUCUCCGCCCUGGCCGUCAAUCCGUUCGACGUCGUCAAGACGCGACUGCAGGUUAUCAAGAAGGGCGAGGGCGAGGCGGCCUACAAGGGCAUCGCCGAUGCGUUCCUGAACAUUAUGAAGAACGAGGGCCCCAAGGCGUUCUUCAAGGGCGGCGCGUGUCGAAUGAUCGUGAUCGCCCCGCUGUUCGGUAUAGCGCAGAUGGUCUACUAUUUUGGCGUGGCCGAGAAGCUGCUCGGCUACCCCCGCUAGGCGUCUGACCCCGGCUGGGCGACUUUAGUAGGAGAUUGUUAGUUGCAAUGUGUAGCUGGACUGAUAUUGGCAGUGUCUGAACCUUCAACCCACCCCGCCGGUAUGACCUGUUCGGUAUGAUGUCCUAGUUUGUUGUCAGGACUAUCCUCUUUUCUAGCAACUAUCAUCUCUUCUAUCACGUUAUCCUUUCACUAUCCUAUGCGCUAGUGAGACACUAUCACGGUAUAGAGUAUCACCCUGACUUGCUCAGUACUCUUAUGGUGUUGUAGUUUGGGAUGCGCACCGUUCUCAAGUGCUUAUCGUAGGGCCUUUCCCUUUCCUAUACUGUCUUUUUGUGAUACCAGUUUUGUGAUACCAGCGUCAUGGUAGCUCCGUCUGAUGACUCAGGCGUACCCUACGGUACUUGACUUAAUGGAAACAUUGGUGAAUUACCUGGUAGACCUCUUGUAUGUACACUUAAUUGUAAUACCCGAAUGUCAAAACGUAACUAGGGCUGAAACCCUUUAGACAAGACAACCAUGCAUGUCCAUUGUCCAUAACCAAACCUUGUAUUUUGACUGUGCACUGUAUAUGGCUUUGGAAAUCAAAACCACAUGGGUUCAGAUGUAGUUUGCGGCAAUCCCCGUGACAAGUACACUAACUAGUGCAAUGUCUAGCUGCCAGUGUGAUGCGGUGUGUGUAGGCCGUUGGUGUCGGUGUUGUGACGUUGUUUGAUGUGUUGGUGUGAGCGGCGCCCUGGGGUCGCCAGACCUGUGGGCGGGCCGCGGUACCGUCUCGUCGAGCACGGCUUCCAGUACAGGCAGUGUGUAGAGGUCGAGGAGUGUAAGGGAAGCAGGGCGUCGGGUGCCUGGAGUGACACGAGGGCGACUGGAGUGACAAGUUAGCUUCUGGAGUGAUGCGGGGCUGUUUGGAGUGGUGCUGCAGGGCCUCCAACGCAUGGUGUGCUGUGUGAAGACGUCUGGUACGAGUGAUCUGAGAGGCUGAUGUGUAAAUUUGGUGAUGUGGUAGAGCAUCCUGUAAAUUUGGUCACAUGUGAGGGCGCCCGGCGUCUGAGACUAUGUGUGAAGACGCCCGGUACGUGUGCUGCGAGAGGGCAAACGGCGCCUGACGAUGUGGGGGCAAACGGCGUGAGGAUUGGCGUUGUAGCGAGUCAUCUGGGUGAAUCAGAGAUCUGAGGAGAGACGUCAGAGGCUAAGUACGACCUGUGUUAGAUUCAGUGAAUUGACGCCGGGGUGAACAUAUAAGACCGAGUGUUUCCUAAGUCAUUCAGUUUUAUUGUCGCAUGGUUUGGUCUGUGCCAUUGAAUUGUGCUCGGCGUUCUGAUAAUGGAUAAUUAAGCAAUGAUUAUUGUUAAUCGGUGCUAUUGCUUGGGGACAUGUAACGUUAGGCACAGCUUUUGUGAUCAUACGCUCUUAGGUCGAUUGUUUGAGGCGUGACUGAUAUUUUGGGAAGGUUUGAGGUCCUGUUCUUUCAAUCCAGUUGACUAUGUUCGGUGCUCACGCAGUGUUUUCGGUGCUGAUUGCGACCAGUAGUUCAGUGUUUGUGACGAUUUUGUCUACGUAUGUCCGUAAAUUAGUUCAUUCAAUUUAACGUUUGAUCUAGUUCUGUCGUGGGUAACUGCGGUUUGUGUAUACUCUAGCUAUACCGCGGACUAAUUUCGCCCUUAAUUAGCUGGCCCUCGGCUGAUGGGUUUUCAGUUUUCAGUAUUGAGAGGCCAUUCUCAAUGACUCGAUCGAGACAACAUUGCACUCCUACACAAUUGACGGGUGUAUUUGAGCACUGGCGUUGGCGUUGUAACAAUAAACUUCCUACGCCGAGA